UUUGCACAUUUCUCCAAAAGUUAACUCCUUCUUACAGAGCCUCCAAACCAAGUAUGUCUGUAUUCAUUUAAUGUGUUUUCUCUCAAUUUUAAACCUCGUUUAUGUUGGACCCAGGUUGGACCCCAGCUUUCCUACAGUCUGAGACUGCAGAUUUCAUACAGAAACCAGAUGUUCCCGGGUUUGGCAGUGGAGCUAUAUAAUUGCUUUGGUGACUUUAAUCUGUCGUGGAGCAGAGCCUGCUGAUGAGAUGGGAUGGAAUGAGUGUCAUGGACUAAAGGGAAAACCCCUCACAUACUGCAGGAGAAACAUCAAGACUGCAGAGUGUUGGGUUACGGAGAAUAAAUCGUCAGGACCUCAGGAUCAUAACUGUUCCCUGUCAUUAUGUUCACUCAAUGAAUGGAAAACAUCCGGAAAACCUUUGCAUGGAUGAUCAGUAUUAUGAAAUCCUCCCAGGAUGCUGUGUCACGCUUUCUGAUCUCAGAUCCUGAGGGAGAGGAAAAUAAAGAUCAAUGGGAAAAGAGUGGUAAAUAAAAUCAGAGGGAAAUAGGUUCAGUCAGACACAAUGAGGAGAAUUCAUAUAAAAGAUGUUCUGUGCACCCUGCUCAUGCUGGGGCUACUCUGUCUGAUGUUGUAUGCCCAUCAAGGCUUCACUUCCACCUGGGACACCUGGCAGAUAGAGCAGGGCUGUACAAGCUCCCGCGCUCUUUUAGGGCCCCCACCAGAGAGCCAUGUAACUAAACAGGUCCCUUCUACGCCCCCAGACAAGACAAAGUGCCUUCCGCAUCAGUCCCAUUCUAAGUCUCAGACAUACCCCAAGUCCAAACUUCAGUCUAAAUCCAAACCUCAGGCCAAGAACAAAUCUAAGUCAAAGAAAGAUGAGGGGACAAAGGCUGUUCCGGUUUUACCCACACAACCACCUUUUGACUUUGAGGGUUACCUGAGGGAUAAAGACAACCGGGACUUCAUACUGCUGAUGGACCAGCUAGGGAAGUGCUCAGGCGAGCCCUACAUGCUCAUUGCUAUCAAGUCAGUAGUGGCAGACUUUGAAAGGAGACAGGUAGUGCGGCGCACCUGGGGAAGAGAGGGUGUUCUCCAGGAUGGGCAGACAGUAAAGACUGUAUUCCUCCUUGGGGUGCCCAGGAACAAGACCGCCCUGCCUUUCUGGGACCGGCUCCUUGCCUACGAGAGCCACACCUUUGGGGACAUUCUCCUCUGGGACUUUGAUGACACAUUUUUCAACUUGACACUUAAAGAGACCCACUUCCUCCAGUGGGUGAAUGACAGCUGCUCCAAUGUCCAGUUCAUCUUCAAAGGUGACGCUGAUGUCUAUGUGAAUAUUGAGAACAUUCUGGAGAUGGUGAAGGGUCAGAAGCCUGAUAAGGACCUCUUUGUGGGUGAUAUAAUCCACCAUGCCCGCCCCAUCCGCCGGCGCAGCAGCAAGUACUUUGUGCCUAAGUUUGUGUACGGCCAGACAAUGUAUCCGUCAUAUGCUGGAGGGGGAGGCUUUGUGAUGUCUGGUCACACCGCCAGGCGGCUGAGUGAAGCGUGUCAGCAGGUAGAACUAUUCCCUAUUGACGAUGUGUUCUUAGGCAUGUGCUUACAGAGAAUUGGAGUGAAACCGUCACACCAUGAGGGUUUUCGUACGUUUGGCAUUGUGCGCCCCUCUGCUGCUCCCCACCUCCAGGUGUUUGACCCUUGUUUCUACAGGGAGCUGAUGGUGGUACACAGCCUGACAGUGCCACAGAUCUGGCUCAUGUGGAACCUGCUGCAUGACCCCCAACUGAGCUGUCACAGUAACCCAACCCCCACCCUGUGGCCCUUCAAGUGGAGGGGCAAGGUACUCGGGACAACAGGACAAAAGGACUCGGAGACUACAGUGGAACAGGACUAUGAUGUUAAAGCGUUUGUAAAGCAUUGAGGGGUUUGGUUUAAGUUGAUCAGAGGGACUACACUGUGAAAGCCAUUGGGAUAUGGAAGCUGUGAUUGAAUGUUUGCUAGUUAUUUUGAGGUUUUUGCUUAAAAGUUUACAGCCAUUGUAAAUGUACUCCUUUUCUAAGAAAGAAAACAUGUUAUCUUUUUCAUUAACAUCCUGGAUGUAAAACCAGUCUGUAUACUGGUGGUAAUGUUUAAAAUAUCCCUGCUCCAUUUAGGUACAGUAUGACUGAAUUCAUUUUUGUAUUUUAUUGCACAGAGCCUCAAUAAGGUCAAUAUUGACUGAAGCAUGUGCCAGGUUGAUUUUGUGAAAUUGAAUGUACAUUACAGUGUUGUCAAUUAUGAAUCGUUGUGUGUGAUAACACAUCAUAUUACACCUAUACGUAGACUUGAAAGGGAAGUUAGGGGAGGCAAAGCUCAAUGCAUCAACUGUAUAGGACACAUCACUGCACUUUAUACUCCUCUGUAAACUGGUCAUCUCUGUACACCUGUCGCAAGAUCCACUGGUUGAUGCUUAUUUAUAAAACCCUCUUAGGCCUCACUCCCCCCUCCACAUACAACGCCCGUUGCAAAUACAUCCCUGGUUCGCUCCUCUUUUCAGUUCGCUGCAGCUAGCGACAGGAACACGCUGCAACAAACACUCAAACUGGACAGUUUUAUCUCAAUCUCUUCAUUCAACG